CGAGUAGGUUGCCUUUUUCAUUUGGGCAAGAGAUGAUGGACGACCACCUCCCUCCUGCCACCCUCGCGACGGAAGACAUUCACGUGUCCAUGGCUGUCUUACCGACUCCGUCUGCAAACUCUGACACCACGGCCGCCGCCAUGUCUUCGGCUGGUGGCACUGCAUUCGCAGCAACCUUCCAAACUUCGUCGUCACCGAUGUCCGCAGCCGCACGCGCUGCGUCGCCACGAACCGCCCGACUGUUGUGGGACUUGGAAGCGGAAUCCAUCGGGUCCUUGCCUCAAUCCCCACGACAUCAAUCUCGCUGGAAAGCCAACGCCACGUCCGCCGUCGUGCACAACUCGCCUCGCCCAGUGCCAGCGCCGAGACUGUCUCCGGCCCCACCUGCUGCUGCCGUGGAAGAGAACUGCUGCUUAAUCUGCAUGGAUGAUUUCACCGAACGAAGACGGCCGUACCCUGUUCCAUGCGUGGGGUCGUGUACUGGCGCCUACGUGCACUACCGUUGCAUCAUGGCAUGGCUGGGGCAGUCCGGGAGCUGCCCGCUGUGCCGCGGCCCUUGCGACGCAUUGGCCAUGGAACCCACGCAGACCCUCGAUUUCACAGACUUGGCCACGAUGGUGAUGCGACCGGUACCGCUGGAUGCUGGGAUCGUGCGGUGCUACGUCAAACAAGUGUACCGCGGCUUCUUCAACACGUACGGCUACGAAUUGUACCUGCAGGGCCGCAUCGGGACGGACGAAAGCGACCGGUUCCUGCUCGCGUCCAAGAAGCAAAUGCGGAAAAACAUGACGGGGAAUUACGGCAUUUACGCAUCGCCUUCGUGCGACGAAGGGUCGCGCGUGGGGCGCAUGGGGUCGAAUUUUCUCGGAACGGUCUUUACCUUGUACGACAACGGCCGCGACCCGCAAAAGGUGGCCAAGAUUCAAGACGGGGCGGCGGCCACCGCUACGUCUGCGACACCUGAAAGCAACCUUGGACCAGGCGACAAUGUGCUUCAGAUUCGGGAAGAGUUAGGCUGUUGCACAUACGAAGCCAACCGCACUAGUGUCGGCCCACGUAAAAUGCGGGUAAGAAGACCUAUUUGCAACUAUAUAUAUAGUUUCGAAGUAUAUAUAUAUAAAUAUAUAUAUGAUUUGAUACGAAUGAUCACACCGAUAAAACCCGACCACGAAUCGUUCCCAUUGGCGAAUCUGAAAAUCCUUGUCGCUGAUUGGCUGCUUUACUUUUUUUUCUUUUUACUCCGUGCUUUUUGCGGGCCAAUGAAAUUUCGCGGCGAGCGUUGGAUCGGUUUUACGAAUCGCCCAGAAUUGGGAAAUUUGUAAAUAUUAGCAAAUCAAUUAUAUGUAUAUGAACAGCGAUCGAGUAUAUGGUUGUGUUGCCUUUGAAUGUACCAACGUUGUUGUGUAGGUGUGCAUUCCAGAUGUGGACGAGAUGGGGCGUCAUUCCAAGAUUGUACGACCUAUGAGCCAACGCGACCGGAUUGUGAGUCGCAUGGCCACGGGGGAACUCACGGACUUGGUCAAGUUUGUGAAUCGCGAGCCCGUGUUCCGGGAAGACCUUGGGGCGUACUGCUUGGACUUUGGUGGGCGCGUAUCGAUGGCCUCAGUCAAGAAUUUCCAGCUCAUCUCGGCCGACGACCCGUCUAUGGGCAAUGUGCUGCAGUUUGGGCGCGUGGCAGACGACAUGUUUACGAUGGACUUGCAGUGGCCGCUCUCACCGUUCCAGGCAUUUGCCAUUUGUCUAAGCAGCUGCGACACCAAACUCGCCUGUGUCUAGCUAGCCAGCCACCCACCCAGCCACCUCCUAAUCCCCCUAUCUAGUUAAUCAAUCAUCGUCAACCUCGAAUCACUUGG